UACGGAGGUUCCAAAAAAAUUAAAAAUAAAAUUAAGUAGAGAUGACAUGGAUAGCUUGCAUUAAGAUGUUGAAAGUCACUGGCAUCACAUGUCUAUUAGUGAAAUAUGAUUAGGAUAGUUAGUGGAAUAUGAUGUCGAUGUCUUGCAUGUUGAGGUGAAACUUGAGUUAAUGUGGAUAUAGCUUGCAUUAAGAGGUUAGAAGUUAGUGGCGUGACAUGGCUAUUAGUGGAAGAUGAUGUGAAUGUCUUAAGUUGAGAUAGAACUUGAGAUGACAUGGAUAACUUACAUUGAGAAGUUAAAAGCUAGUGGUAUGACAUGGCUAUUAGUGAAAGAUGAUGUGGAUGUGAAAUUGCAUUAAGAGGUUGGAUGUUAAUGGCAUGACAUGGCUAUUAGUGGAAGAUGAUGUGGAUGUCAUGUAUUUUGAGUACAACUUGAGAUGGUGUGAAUGUCUUGCAUUAAGAGUUGGAAGUUAGUGGCAUGACAUGUUGGCUAUUAGUGGAAGAUGAUGUGGAUGUCUUGCAUGUUGAGAUAGAACUUGAGAUGACCAGACUAGCUUACAUUAAGAGGUUGGAAGUUAGUGGCAUGACAUGGCUAUUAGUGGAAGAUGAUAUGGAUGUCUUGCAUGUUAAGAUAUAGCUUGAGAUGGCUUGCAUUAAGAGUUUGGAAGUUAGUGGCAUGACAUGGCUACUAGUGGAAGAUGAUUUGGAUGUUGUCUAUUAGCCACUAUAAAUAGAGGUGCCAAUAUGGAUACGGAGCAGUCGAGCCAGUCACAACCAGUAACUAGUAAUAGUAAGGUUGUAUAUAUGGCUGCAAAAGAGGUUGUUGUUAACAAGGAGACCAAAAAUACAAUGGUUGCCGCCACCGCGGCUGGCGCUUACUUACCCGCCUGUGUGUGGGGUGACUUCUUUGUGACUUACACCCCUUCUCUGUCACAGAGGUCCGAAGAGUGGAUGAGAGAGAGGGCAGAUGAGCUCAAGGGGCAAGUGCGCCGGAUGUUUGUGACCGGCGGCAAAGACAUGAGCAUAGCUGACAUGCUGAGUCUGGUGGACACCCUUAAACGCCUUGGCAUAGACAACCAUUUCCAUGAGGAGAUUGACUUGGCUUUAAGCCAUAUCCACACUGAAGACCAGGAUAAUUUUCACGGCUCCAACGAUCUGCAUGUUGUUGCGCUCAGGUUUGGUCUGCUUAGACAACAUGGCCUCUGGGUAUCAGCAGAUGUGUUUGACAAAUUCAGAGAUGCCAUGGGUAGUUUCAGUAUGGAUUUGGCAACCGAUAGCAAGGGACUACUUAGCCUGUACAACGCAGCUCACAUGGCAGUCCCUGGAGAGGCUGUCCUAGAUGACGCCGUCGCCUUCGCGAGGCGCCACCUUGAGGCCGCAAAAGGUAAGCUCAUCAGGUCACCAAUGGUGGAGCAGGUGUCCCGCGCUCUCAAUACCCCACGCCCUCGCUGGCCACGGCGGCUGGAGGCCAUGCACUACAUCACUGAGUACGAGCAAGAAGACGAGCACAACGCCAUAAUUCUCGAGUUGGCGAGGCUGGACUUCAGUAUAGUCAGGUCUGUCUACAUCGAGGAGAUCAAGAACCUCUCCUUAUGGUGGAGAGAUCUCUACAACGAUGUGAAGCUUCCCUAUGCUCGGAAUCGCAUCGUGGAAACACACUUGUUUUCCAGUGGAGUGUUCCCUGAGAAGGAGCACUCCCGUGCACGAAUCAUAUUCACCAAGACGUUUGCAUUCUUGAGCCUAAUGGAUGACACCUACGAUACUCACGCAACCUUGGAGGAGUGCCAGAAACUCACUGAAGCUAUACAAAGAUGGGAUGAGAGCAUGGUCCCUAUUCUACCAGAAUACCUGCGCAUGUUCUACAUCAAAUUGUUGAGAAAUUACAAGGAAAUUGAGGAGGAUAUUUUGGAACCAUGGGAGAAGAACCGCAUGGCUGAUUUCAAAAAAUCGUUCAAAUUGGUGUCCAAAAGUUACCUAAAGGAAGCUGAAUGGUUUAGCCAAAACUACACUCCAAGCUUCAAAGAGCAUAUAGAUUUCUCCAUUACAUCGACGGGUUUGCCGAUGCUGUCCCACGUGGCGCUCAUGGGAGCAGGCCAGCUGGCAACCAAGGAAGCAUUCGACUGGGCACUCGACAUGCCUGACUUAGUGAAAGGAAUGGCAGAGACCGGUCGCUUCUUCAAUGACAUUUCUUCUUAUUACAAGCCAAGGAAUAGCCUGAAAGAUGUAGUCAGCUCUUUGGAGUGCUACAUGAAGGAACAUGACAUGACACCUAAUGAUGCAACGGUGGCAUUUGAAACUAUGGUGGAGCACGCAUGGAGGAGGAUCAACAAGGCAUAUAUGGAGUUGGACCACGGAAUAUUACCAGCAGCUCAGGUAGUGGUGAACAUGGCAAGGACGGUCCAGAUGUUCUACCGUCAUGGCAGGGAUGAACAUGGCAUAUAUGGCCGGGAUGCAUACACCUUCGGUGACACCCUCAAGGAGACUAUUGCCUCCCUGCUCCUGAAAGAUUUCCCUAUUUAAGCUUACCCUUUGCAUGAAACAACUAGUUCUCGGGCAA